UGGCAAGGUGGCGGGAUUUGUGUUGAAGCCACUGCGUUGUCAGACAUGCGCAAGAGCGUCAUCAUCAGCAGCAGCAGCAGCAGCAGCAACACAACCACUGCGCUGCGUUUCCGCCUUGGCUGAGCAGCGCAGGGGAGGGAAGCCGAGAAGAAGAAACGAAGCCACGGAGACGCAGUGUUGGGCACAGCACACGGACUCCGAGCUAAAUUGCACCGACGCAGCGACAAACCCAAGGCACCUCGUCUCCAAAACCAAAAAAAAUUCAACGCCAAGAAGCGACCUGUGCGGUGCGCGCCAGAGCCUUUCCAGCAUGGAGACUACGCUGAUAAACAAGCACUAAAAAUGUGAGAUUUACAGAGGAAAUCACGAGAGAGAGAGAGUGAGAGAGAGAGAGAGAGAGAGAGAGCGAGAGAGAGAGAGAUAGAGAGAGAGUGCAUGUGUGUGUGUGUGUGUGUGUGUGUGAGUGUGUGUAUGUAUAUGAAAGAGAAAGUGGCUGCCCCUUUUUAUCUUGUGCGGGUGAUCUCAAAUUCUGCAGUGUGAAAAAUGAAGAAGUUUAACAUCAAGAAGGUGCUGGACAGCUUGAAAGAGGUGUCCUCCUCCACCCCGUCUGUCCAAGUGGGGCCACAGGAGAACCAUCUGAUCCAGGAGACCAUCCAGUCCGAGCAUUUCCAGCUCUGCAAGACUGUCCGUCAUGGCUUCCCCUAUCAGCCCUCAUCCAUGGCUUUUGACCCCGUGCAGAAGAUCCUGGCCAUCGGCACCCAGAGUGGCGCUCUCAGAUUGUUUGGUCGUCCAGGUGUGGAGUGCUACUGUCAGCAUGAGAGUGGAUCGGCCGUCAUCCAGCUACAGUUCCUUAUCAACGAGGGAGCGCUGGUGAGUGCUCUGGCUGACGACAGUGUUCACCUGUGGAACCUGAGGCAGAAGAGACCAGCCAUCCUGCACUCCCUUAAAUUCAACAAAGAGAGAAUAACUUUUUGCCACCUGCCCUUCCAGAGUAAAUGGCUGUACAUCGGCACAGAACGAGGGAACAUCCACAUCGUCAACGUGGAGUCCUUUACGCUCUCAGGCUACGUUAUCAUGUGGAACAAAGCCAUUGAACUGUCGUCCAAGGCUCACCCCGGACCAGUCGUCCACAUAAGUGACAACCCCAUGGACGAGGGAAAGCUUAUAAUUGGAUUUGAGUCUGGGAUCGUGGUCCUGUGGGAUUUGAAAUCAAAGAAGGCCGACUAUCGCUACACUUAUGAUGAGGCCAUCCACUCGGUCGCCUGGCAUCACGAGGGCAAGCAGUUCAUUUGCAGUCACUCAGACGGGACUCUGACCAUAUGGAACGUCAGAGGAAUGGGCAAGCCCAUACAGACAAUCACCCCGCACGGAAAACAGCCGAAGGACGGGAAGAAGCCAGAGCCUUGUAAACCCAUUCUGAAAGUGGAGUACAAAACCACCAGAAAUGGGGAACCCUUCAUUAUCCUGUCUGGUGGUUUGUCCUACGACACGGUGGGUCGGCGGCCAUGUUUGACGGUAAUGCAUGGCAAAAGUACUGCAGUGCUGGAGAUGGACUAUCCAAUAGUCGACUUCCUCACACUCUGUGAGACACCGUACUCUAACGAUUUUCAGGAACCGUACGCUGUGGUGGUCCUUCUAGAAAAGGAUUUAGUGGUGAUCGACCUUGCACAAAAUGGUUACCCCAUAUUCGAGAACCCCUAUCCUCUGACGAUCCACGAGUCUCCUGUAACCUGCUGCGAGUACUUUGCCGACUGCCCUGUGGACCUCAUACCUGCACUUUACUCUGUCGGCUCACGGCAGAAACGACAGGGAUACAGCAAAAAGGAAUGGCCUAUUAGUGGUGGAAACUGGGGUCAAGGCACACAAAGCUACCCAGAGAUCAUCAUCACUGGGCAUGCUGAUGGAACUGUGAAGUUCUGGGAUGCCUCUGCAAUAAUGCUUCAGGUGCUCUAUAAGCUGAAAACAGCCAAGGUGUUUGACAGAAAUCGCUCCAAGGAAGAGAAAGGCAGCACUGAGGUGUCAGACGAAGACCCCUUUGCUAUUCAGAUCAUGGCCUGGUGCCCUGAGAGCCGGAUGCUUUGUGUGGCUGGAGUGUCAGCAAAUGUUAUCAUAUACCGCUUCAGCAAGCUGGAAGUAACUACUGAGGUGGUGCAGUUACUAGAGGUGCGAAUGCAGUAUGAGCUGAACGACAUAGAGUCUCCAGACGGCGGGGUAGGAGGGGGCGAACAGACAUCGGCGCUUCCCACGCCUGGCGCCUCCCCUCAGACGAGUGGCCCGCCUUCACACCCCUCCACCAGCAGCAACAACUCUGACGGAGGCAACAUCCCCUGCCUCAAAGUGCGCAGUACUCCUCUGAAGCAGUCUCCAGGGUACCAGGUAGAUCUGGUGGUCCAGUUAGUGUGGGUGAGCGGAGAGCCCCCUCAGCCGAUCACAAGUCUGGCUCUCAAUUCCUCCUACGGCCUUGUGGUGUUUGGCAACAGUAACGGCCUGGCGGUGGUGGACUACAUCCAGAAGACGGUAGUACUCAACUUAUCGACGGUGGAACUUUACGGCUCCAACGACCCCUACCAGAGACAGCCGCGCUCGCCAAGAAAGACACGGCAGCCUUCUGGAGGUUUGUGUGACAUCAACGAGGGCUCAGCGACGUCAGAGGACCGCUGCAAAUCCCCUACUUCAGUGUUGAUGACAAACAGCAAUCUGCAACAAUUCUACAAUGGAGGUGGUAGAGGAGCAAAGAUGUCACGGAAAUUAAGCUUGCCUACUGAGCUAAAGCCAGACUUGGUCCUCCUGUCUGUAUGCCCGCCGCGGGGUGCCAACCCAUUAGACCACCGGGAUAAUUCAUUCAGCCGCUCACGCUCCUCCAGCGUCACCAGCAUCGACAAGGAAGCUCGAGAGGCCAUCAGCUGCUUCCACUUCUUUGAGACCUUCGCCCGCAAGGGGGACAGCACUUUGACACCCUGCCUGUAUGUGGGCACUUCCCUGGGAACCGUACUGGCUUUAGCUCUCACAUUGCCUCCUGCUGGGGAGCAACGGCAACUGCAGCCAGUUAUUAUUUCACCUACUGGCAUGUUGGUGCGGUUGAAGGGUAGCAACUUGCGGAUGGCUUUUCUGGACUCUACAGGUGCCCUGCUUCCCCCUGCCUUUGAGCCUUGGUUUGAACCCAAUGUAACGGCAGAUGGUGAAGAAAGAGAGAAGGUUCGAAAGCGCCGGCCCGUCUCAGUGUCCCCUUCAACCUCCCAGGACCUCAACGAGAGCCAGUAUGCAGUGGUGUGUUCAGAGAAACAGGCCAAGGUCCUUUCCCUCCCCUCCCAGACCUGCAUCUAUAAACACAGUAUCACAGAGACCUCCUUUAUCCUGCGGGCAGAUGUGGUGCAGAUGAGCCAAGGCGUGUGUGUGGCAUGUUUCUGUGCCAACGGACACAUCAUGACCCUCAGUUUGCCGGGGCUGAGACCGCUCUUGGAUGUAAACUACCUGCCCUUGACGGACAUGCGGAUAGCCCGGACGUUCUGCUUCACCAACCUGGGUCAGGCCAUGUACCUCUGCUCCCCCACCGAGAUCCAGAGGAUCACUUACAGCCAAGACAUCUGUGAAAACCUGCAGGAGAUGCUGGGCGAACUUUUUACACCAGUGGAGACACCAGAGGCACCAAACAGAGGGUUUUUCAAAGGUCUCUUUGGGGGCGGAGCUCAGUCACUGGACAGAGAGGAGCUGUUUGGUGAGAUAUCAUCUGGAAAAGCAUCCCGAAGUCUGGCACAGCACAUCCCAGGCCCGGGCGGCAUCGAGGGCAUGAAGGGGGCGGCCUCCGGCGUGGUUGCAGAUCUGGCACGAGCCCGGAUAGCAUUGGAUGAAAGAGGCCAGAAACUGGGCGAGCUGGAUGAAAGGACAGCUGCCAUGAUGACCAGCGCAGAUUCCUUUUCCAAACACGCCCAUGAGAUGAUGCUGAAGUGCAAAGACAAGAAAUGGUACCAGUUCUGAUCCACGACAGGAAAGGAGCAAUGCUCCACAGACACCACUGUCAUCUUCCGUCCGGCUCAUUUGGACUCACCGUGACCCCCCCCCCCCCCCCUCCACCUGCCCAUCCAUCUGUCCAUUCGUCCCAUCCCUCCAAGCCUUCUUCGCUGGGACAUUUGGGAUUUUCUUCCCUAGCACAAUGUUAAACACUGUUCUUACCUCAGUCUAAGGGUGGAACUGAGGAGUGGACAGGG